CAAACUCUGUUUCUGCCGUUGCGCGCUUGUGCAGUGACCUUGCCUGUGUCUUGAACUCAGGGACGGUAGGAAGUUACGUUCCUGGUGCUCUUUUGUGGAUUAUUUACCAGAAGUACCAUUGUUUCCACAGGGUCUCAUGGCUCCUCGGAUUUUCCCAUUCGUAAAGCUGAUGACCAAAUUUGGUAUUGCCGGGGGAGCAGUGUACCUCACCUACAGCCAGGGUCUUCUUGAAGGCAAUGUGAAGGGAUCAGAAGUGUUGAGCAAAGCAAAAUCAGCCAUCCCACCUGCUGUGGAGGAGUGGACAAAGUACUUUGGCUGGGAGCUACCAUCUGCUCCUAAAAUUGAUUUUUCGCCUACUGAAAUGUGGAAUUCUGGUGUUCAUAUGAGUGUAUCAGCUCUGUCUGUUGCCCCCACCCGAGCCUGUGAGUACACCCAUCAAGGAUGGCAGUACCUUAAAAAUCUAGCCAAAUAAAAGCCUGACUGACGAACUUCUGUGUUCUGUCUGGCCACUGUGUUUGCCGUCAUCAAUGAGAUGCGUAUUGUGGAUUCCCCAGAGAACUGUGCCGGGGUAGGCGGCGAGGAUUACCAGUAAAACAUUUCUUUGUGCAUGGCUUUGCCUGAGGCUUCACACCAUACCUGUGCUUAUUUAAUAUUACCCAUCUUUAAAAUGUUUCAUUGGAAAGAUCCAAAGAUUUUGGCUUACAAGCUGGGAUGCUGUGCUCUUUGACUGGUCAAUAAAUGUUGCUUUACUGGCAUGUAGUGGGGAUUCAUCAAAAUCAAAAAUGGGCAGGCCUGUAAUUUUGUAAAUCUUCAAAAAUAAAUAAUGAUCAAG